AACCCGAUCCGAUUCGUGGGACGAGGAUGUUCCGACGUUGGAUCAUGAACGAGGACAGAAUAUAACCUCACUUUUUGUCAUUUUAGAACUUCACGGAACACUUCCCCAACUUGCAUUUCCCUGUUCACUUUCAUCGGUGACCGACACCUGAACAAUGCAAAAUUCUCGAAAAUGUUUUUGUUUCGAGGCAGACUUUUUUUAAAGUAUACGGUUGGUGCACUUUAUGUGGUUGGAAUUUUAUUAAUUGCUAAGCGCAUUUUGCGAGUGAGUGACAGUUUCAUUUUUGAGAAAAAUCACAAAACAGAUGCUCCAUCUGUCACUGAACAAUUGACCAGUGAUGACAGUAAAAAAAGCGAAGAGCAUCAGAGAUAUGAAUCGUGGAUUAAAAACUAUGAAAGUAAUAUAGUUCCUGGAUUAGGGGAAUAUGGAGUUCCUGCUUAUUUAUAUGGAGAGGAAAAAGCCAAAGGAGAUUUGUCUCUCAAAAAGAAAGCUUUGAACAUUGUUCUUUCUGAAAAAAUUUCUUUAAAAAGGAAUUUACCAGAUCCGCGAAAUUCGCUAUGUACAAAUGUCACCUAUGACUCAUCAUUACCAACUACAAGUGUCGUAAUCAUUUUUUUUAACGAGCCGUGGAGUGUACUUUUGAGAACAGUUUACAGCGUUCUCAAAAGAUCUCCGCCAAAAUUUUUAAAAGAAAUAAUCCUCGUUGAUGAUUCCAGCGAUGAAGAUGAACUAAAAGGAAAGCUGAGUUACUACGUAGCUACAAGGUUUCCGAAAAAAGUAAAACUUAUUCGGUUACCAGAAAGGCAAGGACUGAUACGAGCUCGAUUAAGAGGAGCUGAAAAUGCAACUGGGGAUGUUUUACUAUUUUUAGACGCUCAUUGUGAAGUUACAAUACAAUGGCUUGAACCGCUGCUGCAAAGGAUAAAAGAAAAAAGAAACGCAGUACUGAUGCCUAUAAUCGACAACAUAUCAGAGGAGAAUUUGGAAUAUUUACACGAUAAUGAUCCUUCCUUUUUUCAAGUAGGUGGUUUCACCUGGUCCGGACAUUUCACAUGGAUAGAUGUUCAAGAAAAAGAAAUUAAAUCUCGCCCCUCUCCCAUUUCACCAACAAACUCGCCAACUAUGGCUGGUGGACUCUUUGCUAUCGACAGAAAAUAUUUUUGGGAAGUUGGAAGUUAUGAUGAUAAAAUGGACGGAUGGGGUGGUGAGAAUUUGGAAAUGUCUUUUAGGGUCUGGCAAUGUGGGGGAACACUCGAGACAAUUCCUUGUUCCCGAGUUGGUCAUAUUUUCAGGAACUUCCAUCCUUACAAAUUUCCUCAUGAUAAAGACACUCACGGAAUUAAUACAGCAAGACUUGUUUACGUUUGGAUGGACGAUUAUAAGAGAGUGUUCUUCUUAUAUCGUGAAGAAUUCAAGGAUAAUAUGGAGGUCAUCGGAGAUCUGCAAGAUCGACAUGAUUUGCGUGCAAGACUGAAAUGCAAAAGCUUUAAAUGGUACCUUGACAAUGUUUAUCCUGAAAAAUUCAUCCCAGAUGAAAAUGUAAUCGCAUAUGGAAGAGUUCGAGUCGUAGGUCGUAAUUUGUGCUUGGACAAUUUGCAACGCGACGAUGACGAUAAACCCUAUUACAAUUUAGGGAUGUAUGGAUGUCACGCGAAAAUGUAUCCGAGUCAGCUCUUCUCGCUGAGUAACGAGGGAGAAUUGAGGCAAGACGAAACUUGUGUGUCUGUCGAUGAGAGUUUGACAAGAAAUAAGAGUUCGAAGCUCCUAAUGAAACGAUGCGCUAAAACUGAAGAGGGAAACGAUUGGAUGUUGGAGAAUGGAAAAAUUGUACACGUAGCGACGGGACUUUGCCUCGAUGCGACUGGUGUUGAGUCAGAGCAAGACGUUUUAGCAACGGUAUGCAACGACAAAAGGGACCAAUCGUGGCAAUUUGAUUUUUAUGGUGAUUAUCCAAUUCCUAGGUAAUGGUGAUAAUAAUUUUCUAAUUGCUCAGGAAGUGUAAAAUGAAAGUGACAAUAACUUUUGGCUGUUUUACGCAAUUAUGUGUCGGAAGUGCCUGAAUUUUAUAUUCAAUAUUUUUACAUUUCAUUCAGUCGCAUUUUCACUGUUUGAAAUUGGUAUUAUGACAUUGAUAUUGUUUUCUUGUAAUCUAACCGCCGUUUUUUAUUUUAUAAGUUAACUUCGAGGCCGAUUUCAAAUGACGAAACUGUACACUUUAGAAUUAAUUUCUUUGAAAAAAUCCGUCCUUUUAGUCAAACUAUGAACUGAUUCACUAAAAUAAAAUUUUAUUUCAAGGAAUUUUGAUAUUGGAGGUAAAUUAUACAUGACAGUAAUUAAGUAAAUUUUAUAAUGCUGCGAUCACUAUAGAAAUUAUUUUAAUUUUAUAUUUUAUUAUUGAGAAAAACCCGUGAUCACAGAGUCUCUCUUCCAGUGAAUCUUUUAUUAUUGUGAUGUUAUUAGAAAAUAAUGCAGAAAGAUUAGGAUUAUUCUAAAAGAAUCAAAUUAUUUUUUAGAAAACAAAUUCGUAGAAUUGUUUAGUUUUUUGGAAAAUCAUUCGUUGGCUAAAGAGUCAAUGCUUAUAAAGUCAUAAAAUUUUAUCGAAACAUUGUUAUAAUUGUUAUAAUACGUUUUCAACUUUAUUUGAGACGCUAUUGACAAUAACGUCCAUUAAGCUUCAAGCCUUUUAUGAAUGUAUCGUAGUAAUGUUAAAAACUUUGUUAUUAGUAUUCACGUAACCCAGUGAAAAGUAAAAAAAAAAA